CACGGGAACAGCCAAGAAAAAAAACUUGCUCACUGGCCGAAACGCUCCCAGCGAAGAACUGCCCUUCUGGUCAAACUCCUUGAGCCAAUAACAAGUGGGAUCUUGUUGUUUGGCGCCGAUAUUCCCUGCAAUGCCACUGGGACCUCGGAACGUCACGAAACGCCAUUUCGCAUGUGUCUGCUGUCAUAUUGGAUGCCGCGGUGGCGGAGUGGAAUGAUAAAAUCCGUGUCUAGUAGGGGAGCAUUCGGUGAAAAGCCGGACCCGUUAUCUGAACUUCAAUUCCUUCCGAUGUCAUCUUCACUGUCAUGCGAAGAUGCAGAAAAUUUGAUGUCUCGAUUACAAUCCCUGAAGCCUUCGCUGCAUCGAACAGUCGAGGCCUGCGACAUUUAUCUUCCAGAUGACAGUCUGGCCGCCAACGGCGUGCAGGGUUAUUGUCAGCCGAGUCCGGAACCUAGGCACCAGACUUGUGCUGGCUAG